AAGGUUCCUGACCGGCAAGACCACAAUAAUUCACUGGAUUCCCGGACGCGGCCAAGCCCGACCACGGUAAUUGCUUCAUUCUACUGCUGCAGCUAUCUCUCUGCUAAGGUCGGGACCCCGGGGAGUGGGAUAAGCGCAACUCCGACGCAACACGACACCAAGGCGUCAACACCUCUUUGGGAAUCACUUUCAGCCACAUCAGAAGCCACGACUGUCGAUGGGAGUCCUCGGCUCGCUCUUCUAUAUGCUUUCCACUGCCGCUCCCUCUUUGAAGAGGAUUACCAAGUAGACCUAAUCUGGUUCUUCGAGAUUCUCAGAAUGGACAAUGAUAAGUUAGGAGCACGGAUUUGUCCCCUCGUUUGUGUAUGUUGCCUGCUAGCCGCACUUGUAGUAAACGGAUUUGAUGUACCCAUGACAUUGCUUGAAGGUGCAGUAGACGAAGGAGCGGUCUGCUUGGAUGGGAGCCCUCCAGCUUAUCAUUUCUCUCCGGGUUUUGGCUCUGGGAUGAACAACUGGUUGGUUCACAUGGAGGGAGGAGGCUGGUGCACGAAUGUCCAAGAUUGUCUAGCUCGAAGAGACACUUUUAGAGGCUCAUCCAAGUAUAUGAAGCCUCUUUCCUUCUCUGGGAUCCUAGGCAAUAGCCAGAACUCAAACCCUGAUUUCUACAACUGGAAUAAGGUCAAGAUUCGCUACUGUGAUGGUUCAUCAUUUACAGGAGAUGUGGAUGAAGUAGAUCCUGCAACGAAGCUCUACUUUCGAGGAGCUAAGAUUUGGCUCGCUGUUAUUGAAGAGCUACUAGCAAAGGGGAUGAACAAGGCAGAAAACGCGCUUCUCUCCGGUUGUUCAGCAGGUGGCUUGGCAUCCAUACUGCAUUGUGACAAAUUUGGUGAUCUUCUACCAGCAGGUGCCACUGUUAAGUGCCUCUCCGAUGCUGGUUAUUUUAUUAAUGCGUACGUAAGGCCAUGCUUUGAUUUCCUUUUUUUCUUAAUAUAUACUUUAGUCCAUUUGACUGCUAAAUACUUGACGAGGAAGAUGUUCUUUCCAUGGUUGCAUACCAAUAACAGGAAGGACAUAACUGGGACAGAAUCAAUCAAAGCCUACUAUAGUGAGGUUGUCAACACCCAUGGAUCUGCAAAGAAUUUGCCAUCUUCCUGCACAUCAAGAAUGACUCCGAGUAUGUGCUUUUUCCCGCAAUAUGUGGUGCCGCAGAUGCGUACAUCCCUUUUUAUUCUGAAUGCAGCAUACGAUGCAUGGCAGAUCAAAAACAUUUUAGCACCGAGUGCUGCCGAUCCACACAAAACUUGGAAUGACUGCAAGCUCGACAUAAAGCAGUGUUCUUCGGAUCAACUUCAAAUCAUGCAAGGUUUCCGGUCAGAAUUUCUGAAUGCUCUGGCAGCACUCGGGAACUCAUCUGCAAGAGGCAUGUUCAUCAACUCAUGCUAUGCUCACUGCCAGUCCGGAAGUCAGGAUACGUGGUUAGCUGCUGAUUCUCCCGCGCUGGAUAAUAUUCCAAUUGGCAAAGCAGUGGGAGAUUGGUUUUACGAUCGAAGCGCCUUUCGAAAAAUUGAUUGUCCAUAUCCAUGUGACUCAUCAUGCCGCAACCGUGUUUAUGAUCGACAAUACAUGCUUUCUUCUUCAGUCUUGUAAGCCGUAUGCGACAAUUGUAAUCGGCCUUUUUAAGUGCGGCACUUGUUAUUUGACUAGUACAUGUAUUCAUGAAAGUUGGAAAAAAUAUGUUAAAACGGAAUAA